GUUUGAAAAAAUCAUUCAUCUCACUCCAUUCCUGUUGGAUCCUUGUUGACAUUCUCUUUGUUUUCAUUUAAAGUUUAUCUUCCUUAAGUGGUUGAUGUACAUUUUUCUACCGAAUUAGAAUAGGAAGUGUAUGUUAAGUUAAAAUUUCAAAGUUAAUAUGAAAGAUUCGACAAUGCAUUUGAUGGAGAAUGAAAUUUUAUCCCGCUUACCGGUGCCCGAGAUACGGGAGGAAACAUUUCAACAUUCCUACAAGCAGGCCCACAGACGUGAGGAUAUGCGUAUAAAACCUCCGAAACUGAAGCCUCGAUAUGAUUCGAAUUUCAAUCGUGACCACACAGCUCAUGCUAUAUCGUUUCGCGGCGAUGAUCCAGAAGGUGUGGCAGACUCUUCCCUACUUGGCUCUACGUACAAUUGUUCGUUAAAUGAGACCUAUUUUGAACAGUGUUUCACCAGAGUGGCGAAAAUUGGCGAAGGAUCUUUUGGUGAAGUAUUCAAAGUACGUUCCAAAGAAGAUGGUCUUCUGUAUGCCGUGAAAAUGUCGAAGCAAUUGUUUCGUAGUGAUUUGUAUAGGCAAGAACGUCUGGAAGAAGUUCGAAGAUACGAGCAAUUUUCAGGACAUAAAAACUGCUUAAAAUUCUAUCGCGCCUGGGAGCAAGAAGAUCGUCUUUUCAUGCAAAUGGAAUUGUGCCGGGAGAGUUUAGAUUCUUAUUUGCAGCGUAAGCGCAACAUACCCGAAGAAAAGAUAUGGUCAAUACUCUUAGACCUGUUGUUGGCUCUGAAAAGCCUACAUGAUCGCAACUUGUUACACUUGGAUAUUAAACUGGAUAAUGUUCUGAUUGGUGACGAUGAUAGCUGUAAAUUGGCAGAUUUUGGUUUGGUUAUUGACGUGGACCGUGCCAACAAAAAUCAGGCAACGGAAGGUGACUCUCGUUAUGUGGCGCCAGAAAUAAUGCAGGGCAAUUUUUCAAAGGCUGCCGAUAUAUUCAGUUUAGGCAUUGCAAUGCUGGAGCUGUCGUGCUAUUUAGAGCUUCCAGCUAAUGGUCCUCUGUGGCAACAACUACGAAGUGGUAUAUAUCCUGAUGAUUUCUUGCAAAAGAUAUCAGAAGAAUUACAAAAUAUAAUUAAGGAUAUGAUGACACCUGAUCCCCAUAGGAGACCAACUGUGGAUGAGUUGCUAAGUAACAAACGCUUUGUGACGAUGUUGCAGAGAAGGCGUCAUUGGGAGCUAGUAAAUAAUAUUAAACAAGUUCUUCGAAAAUCACGUCGUCUGGCCUGGUCAAAACUGUGCAAUUUAAAAAACACUGUCUUCAAAAUAUUUACCAGCAUACUUACAGUUUUACGACUUCAUGAAUCUCCCGCUGACCAAAGCUCAGAUACAUAUAGUGCACCAAAUACCGUUGAAAAGAAACGACCACCCACAUAUCUACGUUCUCAUCUAACAACAUCAACUCCAACUAUGAAUUCCUCAAAGGCUAAGGCAAGAAUUGAUUUCCAUUUCGAUGAUGAUUUUGAUUUUGGCCAACAGCAUUCCACGCCAUACAAUCAUCAUUCCUCUGACAAUAAAAUGGUAAAUUCUACUCCAGUUAUUCACAAUCACAGUGGUUUCCGUUCUCGCAGGGAUUUAACGAAAACCUGUUUUAAUGAUAACUCUGAGGUCACAGCAUUGGAUAAAUCAACAUUUCCUUAUUUAGAUGAUUGUGACUCGGAUGUAUUACCCAGCAUGCGUAAACCCCUAGAUGUGUCUUCGGUGAGAGGCAAGAAGCUAUUCAGUAAAUUUGAUGAUGAUACCGAUUAG